GGCAGAGCGAGCGAGCGAGCGAGCGGGAGGGAAUUCAUUUUUCCAAAUGGCGACUUUAUCAAUUCCAUUCUCUCAGAAUGGUUUCUCUCGCAGGUUCUUCUCUGCAAAACACCCACCAGUUAUAGCCCCAUUUUCCCAUUCGCUCGCCCCUAUCAGUUGCUCAGCUAAUAGGAAUGGGGCAGAACCAAGAGAGAGCUUGUCACCCUCCAAGCAUAUUGGCUCUGUAGCUUGUGGUCUUCUUGCUGUUUGGGCUUUGACAAAUACCUCUCCUGCGUUUGCAGCUAAUCAGAGGCUUCCUCCACUGUCGACAGAACCCAACCGAUGUGAGCGUGCUUUUGUUGGCAACACAAUAGGUCAAGCAAAUGGUGUGUAUGAUAAGCCAAUUGAUCUUCGUUUCUGUGACUACACAAAUGAAAAGAGCCAGUUAAAAGGGAAAUCUCUUGCUGCUGCGUUGAUGUCAGAAGCAAAGUUUGAUGGUGCAGACCUCUCUGAAGUGGUGAUGUCAAAAGCUUAUGCUGUUGGAGCCAGCUUCAAGGGUGUUGAUUUCUCGAAUGCAGUUCUAGACAGAGUAAAUUUUGGAAAAGCCAAUCUCCAAGGAGCUUUGUUCAAGAACACUGUACUUUCAGGGUCCACAUUUGAUGAUGCUGAGUUACAAGAUGCAGUUUUUGAGGACACAAUCAUAGGCUACAUUGAUCUUCAGAAGCUUUGUGUAAAUCCAACUAUCAGUCCUGAAGGAAGAGCUGAAUUGGGAUGUCGAUGAUUUCAAUACAGUUUUUAUAGUUUCACCAUAUGUAUUGUAUUGUAUAAACAACUUGAUGAGUUUGGUAAGUAAUACAUCUUCAAAGAGAGAACCCCCUCUCCCAUUGAAGCAUUAUUGCUGUUUUCUACUUUC